AUGAUGGAUGAAUACCCUCGAAGACGGAACGGGUCAAUAGGCUCAACUCAUGAUGAUGAUGAUGAUGACAUUGAUCGCCAGCGCCAGCGCUCCUCCUCGGCGUCGGCGUCGACAGAGGUUCAGUGCGCGCGGGGCGUCGCUGCGCGGGGUGCAGCAUGCCCGAGCGCGUCCUCGCCCUCGCCCCCGUCCCUCCUCUCGGGCCCUCGCGAUGCGGCGCGCGCCGCGCUGCUGCUGCUGCUGCGUUGCUGGCGGCUGGCGCUGGCCGCCGCCGGGGAGACCGCGCGUCGUCGUGCGCCACCGCCGCUCGCGGACGAAGUUCUCGCGCGCGGGCGCGCGCACCGACCGUCGGGGCCUCCUUGCCGCCCCCCGCCGCCCUUCGCGUCCCGUCCACGUUCUCCCGCGCCACGCCCCCCGACCAUGAGCCCGCGCACGGCCUGCUGGAAGCGCCUGCCCAGGCCGCCCGCCACGUCCCGCCCCCUCCGCCGCCCGCCCCCGCACGGGCCGACGAGGAGGAGACAUGCUUCACCAAGGUUUCCUCCGGACGUGGAGACGCAGCACCUUGCUCGGAGACAACUGCACCGCCGGGACCGACCUCAACCUGGGGGAGGGGGUGGUGGACCGUACGCCGACGCCAACGUCCUGCAGUCCGAGUAUCUCUUGCACGCGUCCGUGUUCUCCAUGGUGGAGUUUGACGACGACAUCUUCGCGGCGGGCAACUGUUACGAUAAGUACCAGUACAAGGACUACUGGCUGUUCUGCCCCUACGCGUACCGGCUGCCCGAAGGGCCCAUUCUCGUGAAGGACCUGGCGGUGGAGUACAAGUACUUGAGCAACACCUCCGAGUGGUUCUUCAUCGCCAGGAAGAACGCCGAGAGGGUUAUCGCCGAACACAAGCAUUUCUCUCGCGGGCCAGUUCCAGUGUUUCAAUAA